UCCCCCCUGCCCCCUGCCCCUGAAAAGCCCCCACUGCUCCUGAAAAGCCCCCUGCCCCUGAAAAGCCCCCCCACUGCUCCUGAAAAGCCUGCCCUGCACAGUCCCCCUGCCCCUGAAAAGCCUCCCUGCCCUGAAAAGCCUCCCCUGCCCCUGCACAGUCCCUGCCCCACUGCUCCUGAAAAGCCUCCCCUGCACAGUCCCCUGCCCCUGAAAGCCCCUGCCCCUGCACAGUCCCCCUGCCCCUGCAAGCCCCCUGCCCUGAAAAGCCCCCUGCCCCUGAAAAGCCCCCUGCCCUGA